UCCGAUCCGGCAUUCUCAGUCUCACUGUAGCACCCAUCCGAAGUGGUCGCCCCAAAACUGGGCCGCGCAGUUUGUGUCGUUGUCGUCAUCAUAUCUCUAAAACACAAGCACGGAUUCGCGUGAUUAGUGCGCUGCUAACCUUGAUUGUUUACUCAGUCGAUCGACGGACGGAUUCUAUGCCGGACCGGCAGCGUGUGUAUAUCUGAUUCCGAUAGCAAUACAAAUACCAAUACCGGAGUGAAAUCGCCAGAAUCGGACCAGUCAGGCAGCGUGGCAGGUGAGCAGAGAGGUGAAGGUGAUUCGCACCUAAUAACGCGCGCGGCAAUGAUAGCGAUUAGGGGCAGUGGCAAUUGUUGGCUUUCCUUCAAUCGGUUAUUGCCGAAGAAGACGUUCCCUGCGCAGAUAAGGCAGUCGUCAGUCGGUGAUGCAACGCGCCGUGUUGAUUCUUGAGCUAGAGGAAGACGUGCGCGCGGGAUAAUUUUUGUGCGGGAGUGCGAAAGGGUUUCCGCGGUGUGGUGAUAAGUGCGAGACACACAAAACGGCGAUCGGGAGCAUCGAUACUCGUCAUUUUAUUGUCUGGUCAGGUGGAUGUUUGGAAUAUCGCCAGUUUACAGUCGUAGUCAGUCAAGUGCGGUGAGUUGUCCAGCAAGGACGAAGACGAAAGCUGCGGAAGUGCAUAUAGCGGUGAGGUGGUGAACGACGAACGGUUGGGAUUCUGACCGGUGAGUAAAAUCCCAAUGCUUAUGCAAGGGUUUUGGCCAAAUUUCGAUGAUGUCAUGUUGAGGCACUUUCCACGGCCAUUGUCUUGUUUUCAAUUUAAACAGCUGUCAACACGGUAACAAGCUGCUACACCAGUGCCAACGCUAACACCAUUCCGCCUCCGGUCACCAUAACCAGCGGCGGCAAAACGACCUCUAGCAGGGUCAGCACCGGUACCAGUCAUCGCCCGCCAUGGAAAAGCUGAGGGCGGCUAAGAAAGUCGCCCCGGAUGGCGGCUGGGGCUGGGCGGCCACCUUCGGCGUUAGUUUGGUCAAUCUUUCAACGCGUUCGAUUGAGCCUUCGUUUGGGUUGCUGUUCGGCGAUUUGCUGAACGAUUUGCAAGUUGGCACCACCGGGGCGGCCAUCAUCAUCAGCGCACUGGACGUGAUGAUGAACUUUUCCGGGCUGUUCGUGGGGCCGCUGCUCAAGGAGUUCUCCUACCGGAAGGUGGCCAUCGCCGGGGCAUUGCUUUGCGGAAUGGGGCUUGCGCUUACUUCACCGGCUACCAGCAUGGCGCACAUUCUGGCAACGUACAGCGUGAUAAACGGAAUCGGCGUUGGUUUGGCCACAUCCGCCGCUUUUGUCGCCCUCAAUCACUAUUUUUCGAAGAAACGUGGCCAAGCUGUCGGCCUGUCGAUGGCCGGCACAGCCCUCGGAAUGCUCAUCAUGCCUCAGUUGGUUCGCGUCCUGCUGGAAACGUAUGACUUCCGGGGUGCCGUCCUACUGCUCAGUGGUCUAGCGCUGCACGCUGCCGUCGGUGCCACGCUGUUGCAGCCCAUCAAGUGGCACCUGAAGGAGGAAGAGGUCGACAUAGAGAUGGUGGAAGCGCCCCCCAUGGGUAUCAUCUUGGAACAGGAGGACGACGGCGAUACGGACAGUCUGCCGGAAAUCAAGACUUUGUUGUUUCCUCGCCGAGACAGAAAACUGUCGGAGAACUGUCCGUCGCCGCAGCCGAACGGGUUACCGAAGCGGCCGACCUUUCCCAGGAUAACGUCCAGUGCGAGCGUACAAGUGGGGACGGGGAUGCGGACGAGACCAUCGUUUCCGCGGAUCACAUCGACCGCCAGCAUGAGUUUAGCGUUGCGGAAGCGACGAGAAUCGGUGGUGUCGCGACUUUCGGCACUGGAUUUCACCGGCAGUGGAAGCUGUAUGCACAUUCACGUGGAUACGGGCGAUGCCGAUGCGGAGGAUGUCGACUAUGAAAUCAUUCGGCGCGUAAAUACUCAUGUCGGUUCAUUCACACGUGCCGCUCCGAAGAGUAUCGAAACGGUCAAGUCGGAGCUGGGUUUGGAGAUGAUAAAACCAAAAGUGUCGUUUCUGCAGCGAUUUACGGCUCUGAUGGAUGUUGGCUUGCUGAAGGAUGUGAUCUAUUUGAACAUCUUGUUCGGGCUGUCGAUAUUCUACGUGGCGGAGAUGAACUUCAAGAUGGUGACGCCCUUCUUUUUGUCCAGUUUGGGAUUUAGCAAAUCGGAAACGGCGUUCUUUCUGUCGAUUUCGGCACUGACGGAUAUUGCAGCGCGCGUUAUUGUGCCGCCAAUUGGUGAUAAGCUUAAGCUUCAGAAACGAUUAUUGUUCAUGACGUCGUUGGUUUUUGUGGCUAUCACUAGAUCAAUUGUAGCCCAGCAGCGAACCUACACCGAGCUGAUGGUGUGGUUAUCGAUCACCGGCUUCUUCCGAGGGGUCGCCUUGGCCAACUUCACCCUGUGCGUGUCGGAGUACUCAUCGCUGGAGAAGCUCCCGGCUGCUUUCGGGUGGCACAUGGUUGGCAAGGGGGUGUUUGUUAUAGCCUUCGGACCGUUGAUCGGUGCAAUCCGGGAUUGGACCGACAGUUACCCGAUAUGCAUCCAUGCGCAGUCGGUUUGCAUUUUCCUGUGCGUGUUUGCAUGGCUGAUCGAGUUCGCGAUCAAGCGGUUUCGCGCCAAAAAAGUAAUGGAAGCAAAUCCGAGCAUGGCGGCGUAAACGUUUUGUUGAGUAGAUGUAAGUCGUAAGAUGUAAGAGACUCAAUUACACCGAGAAAGUGUCUGACAAACGAUAAUAUGUAAUGUGCUUUUGGGAACAAUGAUUCCUGUUUUCUAGCAGCAACUAAACAUUAUCUUGUAAGCAUGAGACUGCGAUAUACAUUUAGACAAUGUAUUUUAACUUAUAUCAACCACGAUUUGGGUAUCAAUUUGACGCGAUCGUACGAUAAAUAUCCAAAAAGUACUUAUAAUACGCGUGAAAGUAUAGUUCAACGUUAACUUUUGAGAGUACGAGCACAGUAUUAACAGGAAGAACAACCACUUACAAAAUAUACAAACAACCAACCGAACUGGCGAGUACUGAAUUUGAACAAGCCUUAUAGAGCUUAAACCUGACGUAGAAGAUGUAAGUAAUAACAGAAUAUCUAACGAAGACGGGAGCUGUGUUGUUUUGAUAGUUUUAUCAACCUUUAGUAAACGAGUAGUGGAAUUGAACCUCAUCUUCUGGAAAAGAUGAACCCAUGUAAUGUAGAAAUUAGAGUUAUUUAGGCAAAAUAGAUUGUUAACCGAUGAUUAAAAUACAUUAUAGCACAUAUGAUCAAAAUAGUCUUAAUGUGUGACGAAGCUAAUAAACACGAAACUGCGGGAGAAUCUCGACAGUUUUUACAAAUAUUUGUCUCUGUUAAGAUAAACGUGAUACCGAUGUGCUAAAUAAAACGAUGAUGAGUUAUGCGUGUAAUGGAAAAGCUGUAUCAGUUGAAAACAUGUAA